AUGGGGUACUGGGACAUUCAAGACGGCACAGACUGCGUCCAAAAAGCAUGGAUUUCCACCAAAAUCGGAACCGCUUUAGGUGAGUAUUGACAGUAUAAAAAGAGAGACAUAAAUGCCGUGUAUUGUCUAACUAACUGUGUUCAGCAAACGGCCUGAGCUAACAAGCUAACACAGCAAUCGCCUUACGGGUCACAGAGGAACGUAAACUACACAGACCGGGUUACUUAGUUUUUGGCCUGAUUUGACUUCGAGUAUGUUUUCAACGAAGUCCCAGAUAAAGUUAAUUAAAUUUAUAGCUGCUUGUUCAAAUUGUCCACAUGAUAAUAUAAUGGAGCUUCAUUGUUUGUCUUCUAUCCGCAGAGGAAACAGUCGUUCACCCUUUCAAAAGGGGACAAAAGUAAUAUAAGCUCUGCUGUGAGUGAUAACAAGCGAUCAGCAUGGCAAUAUCUGCCAUUUAAGCCACACUAACUGGAUAAAACGACUAUUGACACUUUACCAAACUCACUAUUAUCAUGUGGAUAAAUAUGAAGAAGGUAAACAGAGCGGUAGAAUACCUUGUGUCCUGUCCCCUGUGGGUGCUGGGUUAGCUAAGCAGCAUCCACUGUGGCAAGUAUUACACUUUCUAAUGACAUGUAAGUAAUACAAGCUCACUUUAAAAAAAAAAAAAAAGAAAUAUCCCUUUAAUAAUUUGUUGUAUGUAUAAGAUGACUUCUAAUUUGUGUUUGUUUAUGUCUGUGUGUGCAUGUGUGGUUUCAGGUCUGGUGGGUUCAGCCUAUCACAUUGUGGCAUACCCCCCUGAUUCAGCUCUGGAGGCACUGCAGAGAGCUACCAACACAAGUGUUACCCUGGGUAAUAUUCAUUCUGUCAUUACAUAUUCUGAUAUUCCUCUGCUUAGAUUUGUGUUCUUUCAUCAUCUAUCUGCCUGAAAACACAAAGACUCAAACCCUUUCAGACAUGCCUUAAAGGUGGGGUAGGCAGGUUCUGAGGAAGUGCCAGUUUUUGGGAGAAAUCUUGAACGUAAACAUUACCCCUCCCAACCAGUUUUCCCCUCAGCUCCUCUUCUUCUUCUCUGCUCCAGAAAGCCCCGUCCACAAACAGACGCUCCUGCUCGCUCGUAUCAUUUCAAUUAAAUUCAGAUGUAAUGCAGAUAAAUACUACAGAUAAUUACAAAUGGGGCCCAGUCAGCCUGAAAGUAAAAAGCAUUGGUGCUACUGUAGAUGCCAACAGACUACCAGCAAACGCAAUGUUUGCAGGACUUCUACAACUAGGAUAAAGUGACAUAGUCCAGGACCAAGGUAAACCGUUUAGCAGCGCUACAACAGACAAGAAACACACUUGGCUUACUUUGUUCAAGCGGUUUACUUGUCCAGCAGAAAGGUUACAGGGUCCAUAAGAUCCUGAAGCAUCCCCAAAUGCUGCAUUGAUGUUGACCCGGCUUUUGAGCUCUUGUCUGGUCUACCUCCUUUUUAAGCGCCUGUUAUUCCGCCAGAGUCUCCGGUAUUUACUUCGUUUUCUUGCUUGUAUUGGCAGUCAUGGCCAAAGGAGGAUUGAGACAAUUUUCUGGUUAGUUUCUACUGUCUGAUAUUGCAUAACUUUGUUUGGGCUCAUGAACGACACAGGGGAGCAGCGUCCGCCUCACAACCAGUCAGGUUGGGGGAGGCGGAGAACGGCUUUGUUUACAGUCAGAAAGAGCGGGCUGCUCAAAAAAUUUAAAAUACUGACUACACAGACAUAACAAAACACAGCGAUAUCGUUAUAUUACCAAAUGUCAUCAAUUACUAAUAGCUAUUGACUGAAAUUCAAAGCUUUUUUGUAUAUACACCACAAAAAAAGAGGCUUCUUUAACAGAUUUCUUCCUACCCCACCUUUUAAAGAGACAGCAGCUAAAACAAAGCAUUUUAGACGGAGGUAACUCAAAAACAUUUCCCUCAGUAACUGGGGCAUUUCGUCAAACUAAAAUAUAAACCGCUUCCUUUCAGUACAAUAGAAUUUAAUUGAAUACUAUUACUAUUAUGGAUUCUGCUUAUUUAGCCUGUUCUUUAUCAAUGUUUCUUGAUUUUCUGUGAGUGGAAAAAGUAACCCAGUGCAGUUUUUAAACACAGAUUUCAUCAUAAGUGUAAUUACCUUUACCACUCAUGACAAGACAGGGAGACCUUGCUUUUGUUUGCUUGCUUUACACAUCAGCUGAUCACAGAUACAGCGUCUGACUGGUCGACAAACCAAAACACAGAUGGCAGCUUUUGAUUAGCAUAUUAGCAUGCUACUUUAUCCACACGGGGCACCAAAAUCAGCCCAAAAAUUAAGUUACCCAUUGGAGCUUAGAAGGUCAAGCUAAUGUGUGUUUCUGUGUUGAAACAGCCUCCAUGGGAGCAAUCUUUGGCAUAGCAACAUGCCUCACUGCUCAGGCUCGAGAAACCCCAGAUGACCCACUGAAUUACUUUGUCGGAGGCUGCUCCUCUGGGAUCUUCCUGGGUGCUAGAAGUAAGUACCAGUUCUAUAUGUGUGUGCAUGGAAAAAAAGUUAAAUGUGUUCGUAUGGUGUUCCAUGUUCAACCUCUUAAGUGCAUUUUCAGCCUGUUACAUGCUACUCCUCAUUAUGCAGGCACACUUAUUCAUAAGGAGUAUAACUGAAGUUCAUCUAUUGUUUUGUAUUCACUGUAUUGUAAAAUAAACAACAAAAGAAGUAGUGUAAGGAAGUGAGUAGCGGCUGUUAAGCUGACAGUUGGCCCUUGUGGAAAACCCUACUCUCCGACUUCUUGGUUAUAGGGUGGCAGGGACAUUGUUUAAGUUUCUGUUAGUUUGAAACACUGAUGGGACAAAACUGUCUGCUGUGUCUUAUCUGUUUCUCAUUCCAGCCCACAGUGCUGCGACGGGUACAACAGCGUGUCUGGGAUUGGGUGCAUUGGCUUUCCUCACAAAAGUGGGCAAGAUGGAGGGAUGGAGGCUAGCUGGACCCCCCAAACUAUGA